UCCCUAAACUCUAUGGCCUAUGCCAUGUCUGUUAGAGAGUGGUGCUUCGGCUUCCUGUAACCGCCGUUCCACCGAACAUCGCUUCACUUCCGCCCAUUUGGAAAUCGAUUAAAAUCCUAGUUUUUUCAUCAACGAUUCCAAUUUUCAGUCCUUCAUGUUCUGCAAGCAAUGGAUCCAGACUAUGAAAGAAGAUUGAUAGACGAGGUGAUUUACCUCCACUCGUUAUGGCACCAGGGGCCGCCUACUAGACCAACCCAACAGCCCACACCAUCUGGCCUUCUCCAUCACCCCUACAAUCCCAUACAAUUCAAGAGGCAAGAAAGAAUUAAACCCGCAAGCAGAAAAGGCAGACAGAACUCCGAUAGAAAACAAUUGCAAGAAUCCCAGAACCCAACUCUAUUGCCUUCUCCAGCUUCCGGAAAAGAAUGGCCUUGCAAUCCCACUUCUAAUUCACCUCCGGCCACCACCUCCGGCUGGGGAACAAGCUGGCCGCAGUCGAGUCCGCAGACCCUUCUACCCUCCUCUGCAGAAAAAGCCAAACUUGCAGCCAGUCAGGCUCAAUUUAAGGCUUUGCAGAUAACUGAAGAAUUUUUUAAGUCUGGCGAUGAUGAUGAUAAGGAGGAUAGUGAGGAUGAUGAUGAUGAUGAUUCGCCGGAGGAGGAAGAGUAUAGGUUUUUCUUUAAAGUAUUUACAGAGGAUAGGGAGUUGAGGGAGUAUUACGAGAAGAAUUAUUAUAAUGGGGAAUUUAAUUGCUUAGUUUGCGGUGGUUUGGGGAAAAAGUUAGCCGGAAAGAAGUUUAAGGAUUGUGUUGCUCUUGUUCAGCAUUCGAUUUCAAUAGCCAAGACGAAGAAGAGGAGAGCUCAUAGGGCUUAUGGGCAGGUAAUUUGCAAGGUUCUUGGAUGGGACCUUGCUAGGCUUCCCACCAUUGUCUCAGCAUUGAGCGAAAAGCGUGAACUAUGUUUGCAGAAUUCACGCCAGGGUGACGUUGAGGGCCAGGACAAAUGCAAAGCGCAGGAAAAAGUUUGUAAAGGAACUGAGGGUAGUUCUGUUGUCCAUGAAAAUCAGGACAGUCAAAUGGAUGCUAGUAACUCAGGGCAGGCAAAUGUUGGCAAAGGAACUAAUGAUGUUUCAGUUUCUCUGGAAACUAAGGAAGCCCUUGUGAAUGUUAGCAAAGGUGGAGAAUAUCCGCCAAAGGAGUGUGUUUGCACUGAAAUUUUGCCAAAUAAUGGUGGUGAAUCAGCAGAUGCUAAGAUUUCUUCCUCUGGAGCUGAGGCAUCUGAUAGUCCUGAAGUUUUCUGCCAGACAAUUCCAGAGACUCUAGAAACUACAGAAGCUGGACUGGUCAAUGAUGGAUGAGUUCUCUACUGCAUGCUGGCAUCCACUGUUUUGUCCAAGAUGUCUAGAAGUUUUAGCAGUACUUUAGCUGGAGCACCAACAAGCCAGAGAAAUUGUCCCUUGCUGGACAAUUUAUUCAGGUUGAAAGUUGCAAUACAUGCCACCUAUCUAUUCAAGCCACCAUCAGUUUCUUUGGCCAUCAAAAGAAAGUUUGUCAAUUCCAGUUUGUAAUACAGCUGACAUGCUAAUUUCUGGAGUUUUUUGAAGAUUCAGUUCAUCUACUUGCUUGCUUGCAAUUCAUCUUGGUUUCUGUUAUUUAAUAGAGUGCAUGUGGUCAAUUAUAAGAUCAUAAGAUGCUCUGUAGUGACAUGAAACUACAUUUUCCCCAAUUUUUAACUUCCCAAAUUUCUAGUGCAGAGCUCUUAUUGAUUA